AGUCAGUGGGCAGGAAUGGGCGCGGCGGAGCGGGUGGGGAGGCUUCAUGAACAUCCCGUAGUGGCCUGAAACCGUGUAUAAUAUGCUACCAGUCCCGCGGUUACACCGAACGGGGCAGCGGCGAUGAUUACCUGUGGCUGCGUCUCUCCUCGGAGACAGGCCCGAGCAACGGGCGUCAUCUUUAUAGGGGCUUAUGGUAGGGCGCAUGCGCGGCCGCCAUCUUAAUGGGGCGUUACGUAGAAUGGCGCAUGCGCAGAAAGACCGUGUGAAUUACUGUCCUGGACUGACAGGGUUGGGUUUUGGAAAUUUGUUUUACAGGGGGUUAGAAGGGGAGGAUUGACAGACGGGAAAUUCAAACCAAACAUCAAAACCAGACAGACUCACUCGGCUCAUCAGAACCUGAAUAUCAUCGGACUUUGAAUCUGGAAGUGAGACAAUUUGUCAGUUCUGUCUGUGGGCCAAGAUUUAAGGAUUUACAGUUGGGAAACUGAAACCAAACAUCACAUCAGAAUCUGGCGUUGCCCAGUUUAUCGUAAUCUGAUUAUCAUCGGACUUUGAACAUGGAAGGAAAAAGCACCGUUCACAGUGGGGAGAAACCGUACACGUGUUCUGUGUGUGGACGAGGCUUCAGCCGAUCAUCUGAUCUGUUGAAACACAAGUGCAGUCACACCAGGGAGAAGCCUUGGAAAUGUGGAGACUGUGGGAAAAGAUUCAAUUACCCAUCCCAGCUGGAAAUUCAUUGGCGCACUCACACUGGUGAGAGACCAUUCAUGUGUUCAGUGUGUGGGACAGGAUUUUCUGAUUCAUCCACCCUACUGAGACACCAGCCCAUUCACAAUGCGGAGAGGCCAUUCACCUGCUCAGAGUGUGGAAAGGGAUUCACUCAGAUUUCUGACCUGCUGAAACACAAGCGAGUUCACACUGGGGAGAGGCCAUUCACCUGCUCUGAGUGUGGGAAGGGAUUCACUCAGUCAUCCAACCUGCUGAGACACCAGCGAGUUCACACCGGAGAGAGACCGUUCACCUGCUCCGAGUGUGGGAAGGGAUUCAUUGAGUCAUCUAACCUGCUGAAGCACCAGCGAGUUCACAAGUAACUGCAGGAGCUUGAUUUGUUUACGAACGACAUUCAUGUCUGAAUCACGUUCA